ACCUUGUUACUUCAGUGUAUGCAAAAAGCACCUGAAAGCCACUGGCAUCGUUGCAACUCGAUACAGUCAAGCCGAAGAAAGCAGAACAUCAGUCACCACAGCCACUAUGUCGUCACAGUCAGGGGAGAGAAUCACACAAGUUGUCUGCGAUGUCGGCGAUCUCAAGGAUGGCGAGAUGCGUGACGUGGAAGUUGGGGAAGGGAAAGCCCUACUGGUACGGUCAGGGGGACAGUACUAUGCCGUGUCAGCAAAGUGUACCCACUACGGGGCGCCACUGAGCAAAGGUGCCCUCUGUAAUGACAGAGUUCGCUGCCCUUGGCAUGGUGCUUGCUUUAAUGUGAAAACUGGAGACAUCGAGGAAUAUCCUGGGCUGGAUAGCUUACAAAAGUUUGAGGUUGAGGUAUCAGAUGGGAAGGUUAAAGUUACUGCAGACAAGACCAGUUUGUCCAAUCACAAGAGAAUUAAACCAAUGUGCCGUGCUUCCCCAUCAGACUCCAAGACAGUGCUUAUCAUUGGAGGAGGCCCAGCUUCUGUUGCAUGUGCUGAAACCCUCCGGCAAAACGGUUUCAAGGGUAAGAUAACUCUGGCCACCAAAGAAGAAUGUUUGCCAUAUGACAGAAUCAAACUGAGCAAGGCAAUGAGCACAACAGCUGAUGCUAUUGCGCUGAGAUCAAAGGAUUUUUACGAAUCUUACGAUAUUGACAUUCAAACAAACAAGGAGGCUGUUUCUGUGGAUACAUCUGGUAAAUCUGUGAAGUUUAGCGAUGGUAGUGUGCUCCCAUAUACUUCUUUGGUGCUGGCCACAGGAGGAAGGCCGAGAACACUUCCUGUCCCAGGAAAGGACUUGAAGAAUGUGUGUUUGUUGAGAACUCCCAAGGACGCUAACUACAUCGCAUCUGAGGCGGCAGGGAAAAAUGUUGUCAUAAUCGGAUCUUCAUUUAUUGGGAUGGAAGUAGCUUCCAGUCUGGCUAGUCAAGCGGCCUCUAUCACAGUGGUUGACAUCAUCGCCCUACCCUUCCAAACUGUCUUGGGGGACAAAGUGGGAACUGCUCUGCAGAAGAUGCAUGAGGAGAAAGGAAUAAAGUUUCAUUUCAAGGCUGGUCUGUCCGAGAUCGUGGGAGAGAAUGGUCAGGUGAAGGAGGUGGUGCUGGACAACGGAACACGACUGCCAGCUGACCUUGUGGUCUUGGGAGUGGGGGUGGCACCUGCGACAGAAUUUGCUAAAGAUUCUGGGUUGAACAUGACCAAACAGGGCUUCAUACAAGUGGACAAGAAAAUGAAGACCAAUCUGCCAGACGUGCUUGCUGCAGGAGACAUCGUGGAGUUUCCGCUGUUCACAGUUAAUGAUGAGAAGGUCAACAUUGGCCAUUGGCAGAUGGCUCAUCACCAUGGCCGUAUUGCUGCCUAUACCAUCCUGGGUAAAUUGGAGGAGCUUCAUAGCGUCCCGUAUUUCUGGACGGUGCAGUACGGCAAGAGCAUACGCUACACAGGUUAUGGCCCAGGGUAUGACGACAUCAUUAUCCAUGGUAACCCAGAUGAGCUGAAAUUCGUGGCAUAUUACACAAAGGGUGAAAAGGUUGUGGCAGCAGCCAGUCUGAACUUUGACCCUAUUGUGUCAGAGGUGGCUGAGGCCCUGAAUACAGGCCGUGAAAUCAAGAAAGAAGAAGUCAGAAAUGAUCCAAGAGGCUGGGUUUCCAAACAGUGAAGGUGGGGCAUUCUGUCGUAACAAGCAUCUAUAGAGACUU